AUGGGUCCAAGUCAGCUUCUUCUAUCUUCGAUUCAAGACAUUGGUCUAGAAUCACGACUCUUGGUUGUUGUGCCUUGUGUGAUUGCGUUUUUGUUUGCUGUUCUGAACAAUGGCCCCUUGCAAAAGUCAUGGAAUUUCUCAUUGCAAAAAGCACGGCAGGCGUUGAGAGAUAAAUGGGACAUGUUUAUAUACCCCAUUGCCGCAAACGGAAGAAUCAAGGCUGCAUAUUCUCAGAUGAAAGGAAAUGCGUUGCGUAUCAAUUCACCGGAAAGUUGGAUGACAUUAGUCUCGUCGCCGGAACUCAUCAAAGAUAUAAAGAAUGCCACGAACGAACAGCUCUCACUUCAUGCGGCUGCCAAAGAAAUUCUUAAGCCCGAGUAUACCAUGAAUGGCUUCAACUGGCAUGAUCAAAGAGGCAUUGAAGGAAUCGGCUUUGUCAGAACUUUGCGCACCUUGUUGACCACACAUUUGCCUAAGUUGACACCCGGUGUCCGUACCAUCAUCAGUCAAACGUUUGCGAACGAGAUUAAGGACGGUAAAGCGACAAAUGUUUUGCAAUUGUCCAAGAAAGUCGUCACCAAGAUUAGUGCUUAUGCCUUCUUCGGCGCAGACAAUUUGGAAAACAAUGAUUUCAUAGACGCGGCCUAUUAUUACAACGAAGAUGUACUCUACGGAUCGGAGCUGCUACGCAUCUGCCCCAGCUUCUUGCGGCCCAUCAUUGGGAAGUUUAUUCCCAAGUUCUUGACUCGACAACAGACCUUCUUCUACGGACUCGUUGACAUUAUCGAGAACCGCAUGAGAAACCCCCACGGGGGAGAAAAAUUCAACGAUGUCAUCCAGUGGAUCAUAGAUACGUCGCCCAAGUCUAGGCCCUGGACACCGGAUCGAAUGGCAUUUGAGGUGAUGGCCAUCUGGUUUGGCUCCGUGCAAGGGCUUGCCACAACCUUGACAUUCGUCAUUUACAGUCUAUGCGAACACCCUGAGUAUAUGGAACCCCUCCGUGCGGAGAUUGAGAGCCUUGCUGGGGGCGAAUUUCUGUCAUCCGGUGAUGGUCUUCCCUUACUGGAUAGUUUUCUGAAGGAAUGUUCGCGAUGGACACCCGUUGAAUCUGUCACCGCCCGCCGAUGUGCUCUAAAAGACUUCACAUUCUCUGAUGGCACUCGCGUCGCGAAAGGCGAGUGGGUUGGCAUUCCCGUAGGACCGAUGCUCCGCGACCCUACGAAAUACCCCGAACCCGACAUGUUUGACGGCUUUCGCUUCGCUGAUCCCAGCUUACUUGGGAGGGGUGCAUCAACGCAGCCAGAAGGCCCGUCGAACUUUACUGAUAUCAAUGAGAAGUGGCACGUAUGGGGGACGGGUAAGCUGACAUGUCCCGGGCGCUUCUUUGUCUCAUACGUGAUGAAGCAUGUCAUGUAUCAUAUUCUAGAGAACUUUGAGCCGGAGAUGGAGCAGAAGAACCGGAAGUAUACGGUUAACUGGCGAACCCUGACUUUACCAGGGCCAGGCGUGAAGGCCAACUUUCAUGCUAGGGUGUAA